AUGUCGACCUGCGAGCUACCCGGUACUGACGCGGCACAAAAGGUGGAGGAACUAAGACGCGCACUUGACCGUAGCCAAGCUCUGCUCGCUGAUAUCGAAGCCAAAUAUGCAAGACGUCCUGCAGAGGAAAGUACGGCUGCUGUCGUGGACAGCAUCAUGGCUUCCGCAAGCGACAACGAACCCAGUGAGGACGAUGAAGUACCAUUGGAGCAACCCAGAAGCCCUCUAAAGUCACGCGGUGGCCUCAACGUCUUCAAGUCCCGGCUGACGCAAUGGUUUGGUGGCAAACGAUUUGAAAAGGCAGCCAAGCGACCGGCUGAGACAGCCCCACGCACCCUCUCGUUCUCACGUGUCAACAUAGGCUUUCCUGCAGAUGCAACUGCAACAGAGAGCCCGGAGGUUCUUGCAGAAUUAGCACCAUCGACUUCCCCACAGCUGCCAUCACGUCUUUUUCAACGCUCCUGGACGAGCAACGCCGCACGCCACCCCGCAUCCGGCCCCGUAGCCAACCGCGCAACGUCCUUCACGGCAACAGCACUACCGGCUGGAUCGUCCAUGUACGGCAACAGCACCGCCGCCGCUUCUUGCAGCAGCGCUGCCGCAUCUUCUACUUGCAUCCCCCUGGUACCCCAGCCGCCGCCGCCGCCGCAGCAGCAGCAGCCCAAGCCGUCGCAGCUCGACGCCGCCCCGCCGGCAGUGCCCAUCGUGACCCGGAGGGCUUCUUCGGGGCCAUCGUCAAACCGACUGAUCCCCACGCUGGCAGCUUCGGCCUCAUCUUCAUCCCAGUCGCAGCGGCGAAUCGUCUUCCGAGACACCGUCUGGGCUCCACUUAUCCCCUCCGACAGCUCACCCAACGACCCCCUCCGACCCCGCCGGCCCUCAUCCUCACUUCGUAACUCCCGAGAUAGCGACAAUGCCGUACCCGCGCCGUACAACCUUACGCCAAUAUCGCCGCAGGCCGUCAGGACCAACAGCGCCAUGAACAACAGCAGCAGCUGCAGCAGCAGCAUCACCACUACCACUACCUCUACCACACUCAUGGCCACACCUAGCACGCGCAACACAGUGCGCUGGGCUAUGCAAGAUAAGGAUCUGCUGGAGGCGCAGUUGCCACAAGUGUACAGCAGUACGGGAUCGUCCAGGUCGCAGCAGCAGAUGUUUGUGGCCAGCGCUAACAGCGACGAUCCGCAUCAGCGCUCUGAGCCCUCAGUCGUCUACGCGAGGGCCAGGUCGUUCACGACGGCCGUCGCAGGGCCCGUUGGAUCGCCAGGUAGCCGCAGCGGUACGCAACGCGCCCUGACCCACGGGUCAGUCGGGACCGAGGACGCUCUCCGCCGCACGUUGCAAGUAUCGCGCGCCCCGCAGUCCUUGACUUCCUCGUCUUCGCGCCCGUCUUCCGGUACGGUGACCUUGAUCACCGGGGGUCAGAUGGAACGAACUGAUGGCGACGGUGUCCCAGGAUCUGUGCCCGGCACUGCCGCCGCUGAACCUUGCGACCAGGAGGUUGCCUCAGAGCUCAGCCCAACAUCGUCAACAGCAGACGGCACGCAGGGCAAUCUAUUGCAGAAACAGCAGCAACAGCAACAGCAGCAGCAGGAUUACUUUAUGGCAGCGCAGUACGCUCACGAUGUUGGCAAGCCGUUGUGGGCCUCGCUGCGGUUGGCGGGAAUUCCCGAGGCGGGGAGUGGGGGCGGGAGCGGGAGCAACCCAGCGCCACGCAAUGCGAGAAGCGGCUGGCGGCGCAGCAUUGACUUCUCCUCCUUGCCGCACCAUCUGACGUUUUCGCCUGCUCCAACCGGCCCCGCUGCGCCUGCCGCCGGCGCCGCCGCCGCCACCCUCUCCGACACCGCUGCUGGUUCCGGCGCCGGCCGAGGACGUUCCGCUCGCAGACAGACCUGGAGCAAUAACGAAGUCUUCAUCCCAGCUCGUGAGUAG